ACCAAGUAACACACAAACGAGCGUCAAAGUUGGCCCAAUCGGACAAGCCAGAUCUGCAUCUCAUUCAUCAAAUCUUCAUCCUCACCCACCAUCUCCUUGUUAUUUAAUUUCACCUGAAAAAUAUUAACCCACAACAACAACAAAACCAACAAUUAACUGCUCCAUUCUUCACAUAUAACAAUCAAAACAAACAAAUUCAUAUGAAAUCAUCUGAAUCGAAUUGAAUCGAUAUAUUCGACAUCUCAGAUGAAGCAAUUACACAAGCAAUCAAGCUUAGCUUACAGACGCGAUGAAGAACAGUUAUCCUCAGGCGAUCACGCUUCUUCCUACUCGCCAAAAGCCCUAAAACACCACCGAUCGAUCCCCCGCUCCAUCAAUUACAUCUUCAAAGAGCAGCGUCUCCUUUUCAUCCUUUUAGGCAUCUUAAUCGGCUCCACAUUCUUCAUAAUUCAGCCCAAUUUAUCCACUUUCACGCCCUCCGAUGCCGGCUCCGCGGCGUCGCUGCCGAAAUCGGUCUCGUUGUUCGACCGUGAGGCGUUGCCGAGUCGAAAGACGUAUCCGAGGAGCACGGCGGGGAUGAUGAUGCAGCAGCAGCGGAAUGGGAGGAUUCCGGUGGGGAUUGGGAGGAAGAGGAUGAGGAUUGUGGUUACGGGCGGGGCGGGGUUUGUGGGGAGUCAUUUGGUGGAUAAGCUGAUUGCGCGAGGCGAUGAUGUGAUUGUUAUUGAUAAUUUCUUUACGGGACGGAAGGAUAAUGUGAUGCAUCAUUUUGGGAAUCCUAGGUUUGAGAUGAUUAGGCAUGAUGUUGUUGAGCCGAUUCUGUUGGAGGUUGAUCAGAUCUAUCAUUUGGCUUGUCCCGCUUCUCCAGUUCAUUACAAGUAUAAUCCUGUCAAGACUAUUAAGACAAAUGUUAUGGGUACCUUGAACAUGUUGGGGCUCGCCAAGAGAAUUGGCGCAAAGUUUUUGCUCACAAGCACGAGUGAGGUUUAUGGUGAUCCGCUUGAGCAUCCCCAAAAAGAGACUUAUUGGGGAAAUGUCAAUCCAAUAGGUGUAAGGAGUUGCUAUGAUGAAGGCAAACGAACAGCUGAGACUUUGGCAAUGGAUUAUCAUCGAGGUGCAGGUGUUGAGGUGCGUAUUGCUCGUAUUUUUAAUACGUAUGGACCUCGUAUGUGUUUAGAUGACGGGCGGGUUGUAAGCAACUUCGUGGCACAGGCAAUCCGCAAACAACCAUUGACUGUUUACGGUGAUGGAAAGCAAACAAGAAGCUUCCAAUAUGUAGCAGACUUGGUUGAUGGAUUGAUGGCGUUGAUGGAAGGUGAGCAUGUGGGACCUUUUAAUUUGGGUAAUCCAGGGGAAUUUACCAUGUUGGAGCUUGCCGAGGUUGUGAAAGAAACAAUUGAUCCCAGUGCGACAAUUGAAUAUAAAGAGAACACUGCUGAUGAUCCUCACAAGAGGAAACCAGAUAUUAGCAAAGCAAAGGAUUUGCUGAACUGGGAGCCAAAAAUAUCCCUUCGUGAGGGUCUGCCACGCAUGGUAUCUGAUUUUCAGAACCGGAUCUUGAAUGAGGAUGAAGGGAAAGGACAAAAAUAAGGAGGAUGAUUAAGCAGUAUGUAUAGAGCGACUGGGCAAGUAUGAUCUUGGAUGUUGUUUAUUCUUUUUUACUGAGGUUAUUGGGUUAGCAUCUUGAUUCUGCCUUUCUUUACACUUGGGAACUGUAGUCACGUAGAUAGGAAAAUGUCUCUUCUAUUAUCUAUUCCACAAAUUUUGACAAAACUAUGUUCUAAAUACCCGAUUUUGCACACUGUUCAUAUGUUCCCUAAAAUGUUGUAAUAAACAACUUUUCAGUGAAAUGGUAAAGAGUUGAUUUCAUAGUUGUGAA